AUGGUUGAUACAGAUACAUGUAUGAUGGAGGUAGUUGAUCCCAACACAACUUGGGUGAUGCCUAUGGGUUGUGAAGUCAAGGCAGAUCUUUUGGUGGCAUAUGCAGAUCACUUGUUAACUCAAAUGGUAGAUACCACUACAGAAAGAUUUGGCACCUACAAGGAGAAAUCUCUACAGGUGCACUCUGAAUUAAACAAAUCGGUAAUUGCUAAGAAAGUGAGAAAGGGAGUGGAGGCAUUUGCUGAACAACAAGGUUUUACAAAGGAAUUCAUUGUAGAAGCAAGAGAAAGACAUGCAGCACAACAAAUAGAGAAAAGGAAAAAGCAACAAGCAAAGAAACCGGUAGUUUCUAAUGAAGAAGAAACCGAAUCAAAAGGUGAGAAGAAAGCCUUAAGAUCUAGUGGUAAGAGAUCAAAGGAUGUUAGAACUUCCAUUGUCAAGACUGUAAAGAAACUGGUAACAAAGCUUACAUCUUUUGAAAAGAUAAUUAUGCAUGUUAAGGAGUAUGUUUUAUUAACUGUUGUGGUGAAACUUUAUGAGAGUUUUGGUGAGAUUGAUGCAAGACGGCAGGUUGUUAUGAAACAAGACAGAGAAUGUAUUGAAUUCAUUCUUAAAAAUCUACAACCUGAAGCUACAAGAGAGGAUAUAGAUGAAACUCUUGAAAAGGUAAAAUCAUCUUUCAGAUCUAAGAAAAGGUUGAAAAGAAUGUUAAUUGGUGAGACCCAAUCAGUUCAUAUGGAAAUUGAGCUGAUAUUGAAGAAAUUAUUGGGUUUAUUACCUGAUGAGGAGGAAGAGCAACCGAAGAAGUUUGAGAUAGAAGAUAUUUUGAAAAAUGUUGAUAUCAGUGAUUUUACACCUGAUGAGAUUGUUAUGGGAGACCAACCAGUAGAUGAUCAAUCGGUCAAUACACAAACAGAUAUAGUUGUCAUUACUGAUGAUGACACUGGUACUAAUGAUAUUGAUACAACUGAUAGUGAAGAGAAAAAAGUUGAAGAAGAUAAGAGAUCUGAAGAGCCACCAGUACAUACACAGAUUGUUCUGCCACCGGUAAAUGAUAGUGAAAAGAAUAAGGAAGAAGAAAAGACAGAGGAUAAACCUAAAGAGAAGAAAGAGGAAGAAGAGAAGGAAACAAAUAAAUCUGAACCUAAAGUGACCCCUCUAUCCUUUACUUCUAAGAAGAAAAUUGAUGAUGAUGAGGAUGAUGAUGCAUUAAGUAUGCAAGGACCCAUUAAUAUGGAUAUGCUGAGUUCUACAGAAUUGAUGGAGAUUGCCACUGCAAUGCAAUCUAGAGAAAAGAUGAAGAGAAUGAAGGAACAAUAG